UAAAGAUGGAUCCAGAAACUGAAGACCUCGGCAACAAUGAUAACUUGCCCCCCUGGUCAGGUUCAGAAGGUUCCCAGGAACUUUGUGUCUCUGAGUCCUUGGCAGAGUCCUACAAUGACGAUGACGUCAGUGAAUCAGAGUACCCCUUAGACCCACAGACUGCUCACAGUCCUAAAUCUGGCCUGGAGUCUCCAGAACACCUCCAACAGGACUGGGAAUCUGCAGGUAAGCAACAGUCUCUGCCUGAACUUAGUGGAAGCGAAGAGGAAGUUUCCUACCAAGAAGAGGAUGACAUCUACCUUAGUGAAUCAAGAGAGUCCAUUACGGAGUCUCCCCACAUCCAUCCUUCACAGACCUUGCACCCAGAGUGCCCAGGCUCAGAGCCUCCUGCUGGACGCAUAUCACCACCGCAUUCCCGGUCUUCGUCAUCCUCUCUUGGCUGUGCAGCUGAUAUGACCCUGGCCUUGACCCUGACCACAGAACAACCCCAUGGAGCCAGUAAUAGGCAGGGCCCAGGGACUGGGAACAGGAGGGUUGAAUCUUCAGAGGAAGGAGGGAGUAGUGAAGCACCUCCUGCUUCUGUGUUCUUUGGAAUUUCAGAUGAGGCUGCUGAGCAGGCAGAGAAGUGGAACUCAGAGUCUGACACAGACCUGUGCAGACCGGACAGGCAGAGGACAAGGUGCACACGGCUCAGUCACAGUGAGAGCCAAUCAGAAAGACACGUCAAGGAAACCAAGUCUAAAUGUAAGCGAAUUGCCCGGCUUCUAACUGAUGCGCCAAACCCUCAAAAUAAGGGAGCCUUGCUGUUUAAAAAACGCCGCCAGAGGGUGAAGAAGUUUACACUUGUGAGUUACGGAACUGGUGACAACAAGCUUGACAGCGAAGACCAAAUAGAAGAGGAAACCAAAGAAGUUAGAUCUGCUGGGUAUAACUUUGUGGCUACAAGUGAUUCUGAGUUAGAGGAGCAGUAUUGUCUUUAUCACCAGCAGCAUAAUUUAAGUCUGAAUUGGGGAAGUGUUCGAGAAAUGGAGGCACUACCAGAGACAAGAGGGAAGGGCGUUUUGAUGUUUGCUCAACGGCGCAAACGUAUGGAUGAAAUUGUGUCAGAGCAUGAAGAGCAGAGGGGCAAAGGACUACCUGUGGAAGUAUUAACAGAACCCGAAUGUACAGAGGCACAGAAUAUUUAUGACACUAAGGAAAUGUACCUACAUGCUGAUCAGGCCAAUUACAUGGAUGUAAAUCUCAAGCAGCAUGUAGAAUACCAAGAAAAUAUUCAGCAGAUGAACCACCUAUCUAACGUGCCGAAACCUUUGGUGCCAAACAGAACUGCAAAGCCUUUCCUGGGAUUUCAAGAGAGUCCAACUGCUCCCAUCAUGACCGGCAGCAUUGUUCCAGUUACAAAGAAACCUGAAGCAAGUUUCAAAGUACCUGUGCCUAUUAACACCAACCCACAAGUCUGGUCUCCAACUGGAGACAUCAUAGCCUCAAGAGAUGAGCGAAUAUCUGUACCAGCCAUCAAGACGGGCAUCCUACCAGAGUCCAAACGGAAAGCCGCUAAUAAACAGUCAGCAAUGUUGGUGAAAGAGUCAGAUCUCCUCGUUCAAAACAAAGGAGAAAGACGGUCUUAUAUUGAGGCAGAGGAAGACUGUUUUAGUCUUGGUGCUGAAGCUUGUAACUUCAUGCAACCUAGAACAAUAAAACUUAAGAAUCCUCCUCCAGUUGCCCCAAAACCAACCAUUAAUCCAACCUGGAUGAGGAGGAGUCCCUCCAGCGAGCCCUAUAUUCCUCCAAGAAGUCCGAUUUCACAACCUUCUCACAGUCCUGGGGGGCAUCAUAGCCAGCAUUACUUGCAGCAGCAAGACUGGAUUCAAUCUCAGCAGAUGGCCAACCGUUGGACACCAGAUCAAACUCAGGCAACACUUCAAACACCUGCCAAUGCCUGGACUCCGGUCAACUCCUCUUCUCAGCUUCAUCCUCAGCCAACCACAAAUAGCUGGAGUCAACAGACGUCACGAUCCCCUGGAUUUGGUAGAAGCCGUUCCUUGAGCCUCCCCCAGCAACUGAAUUCAAUGCCUCCUGGACUCCUGUCGCCUGUGAGUCCUUUGGGAAUCCAUCCACCUUUCUUACCUAUGCAGAGGCGAACAUCCUUUCAGGAAAAAGUCUACAAGCCACUGUCACCGUGGGAGGCGGCGUCGAGGAGCCCCAUUGGCUCGGUGGAUGAGGCCUUUUUGUUUCAGAGCCUCCCGUCAUCUGUUGCUUCUAACGUCAAAGCUGCAGGGCACCACAGAUCUCUGCCAGAGCCUCCAGUUGAAUGGAAACGCAGGGUGUCUCUUGAUCCUUCAGCUGUCAGUAAGAGUCAUUAUCAUCACAUGGCUCCAGUUUUUCAGGCCCCAUCCAUGAGCAGGACAUUUUCACCUGAGAAACCAGCCUUCUAUGGGCCUCCCUUCAGACCUGCUCAGCCUCUCAGACCUGCCAGCAGGGCCAGCAUUGGAUUCAUGGCACAAGGCUCCAGUCCAACAAAGUAUUCUCCCUUGUAUAGUGCAGUGCAGCGCAGUUAGUACCACUGAGAGGAAGUCAGACAAACAUCCGAUGGAGAGAAAUAUAUGUUUUUUUUCACAUUUUUGUGACAUACUGUAGAUGGUCACGGAAAGUGUAUUGAAAAUGAAAGAAAAGGAAGUGAAAUGGCUCAAAGUGAUGGAUUAUUUUCACUUGGGAUUGAGGUGUGUUGGUUAAAGAUUUGGACACGUUUUUGACACUUUAUUAGGUGUGUUUUGAAUUUAUGAUGGGAGUGUAGUUCACGGCAUGAGUGGUCCCCCGGUUUAAAGAGCAGAACAGCUUAAUGUAGCUAUUGUGUGAGAUGUUUUCUCUGCUCUGAUGGGAGGUUUUACAACGGUGUCUAAAUUUGGACAAACCAGACCAUCGCAGUGACGAUUUAAGACAGUCUGUAAUUAGCAUAUGUUACGUCAGUUAAAGUGAACAUGAUGCAGAUGAGAGAAAUUUGACCCGGGGAGUGGUGUUGCUCACUGAAAAAUGCUGUUUAUAAAAGAUGGCAGAUAAGCCGCUUUAUUUAUCUUUUUUCUUUAAAAGUUAUUGUGACUUCAGGAUACUCUGGUUGAUGUUAAGCACAUUCUUGCAUGUGUAGACAGUGAUAGCCAGUACAGAUGUCGUUCAUCCAGUAUUAAUCUGUCUUUCUCUCACUACUAUGGCAGUAGCAAUAGCAACUGUACUUUAAAAAAAUAGUCUAUAGUGCUUUCUAUUGAUGGCAACUUACAAACAUGUUAUUACUGUGCCUUUUCAGAAAACUAGCAAACUUGCAGUGAGUGUUGCAUCUUUAUUCCAUCUGCUGAACUAUAUGGAAGAUUUCUACAUGAACACAAUCUGUUUUUGUUGUUGUUAUUAAUAUGAAUUUCAUUAAGUUUGAUAAAACACUGUGUGGUGUUAAAGUAUAAACAGACUCAGUUUCUGUCUUCCAUAUGACUUAUGUAACCAUGUUGCCUGACAGAAAGAAAAGGGGCUUUCACCCUGUACAAUAGUUGUGGUUAAAUGUUGGGUUUUUUUUGUGCACUUUUUAAACACAGACUAAAAAAAAUAAAACACAUGAAAAUUC